CUUUCGUCUUCAACCUCCCGAUUUGGUUCGACAAGAGACGGAUGCGACUGUAACAGAGACGGCCUUUUCUCGUGUAAACGGAAGCCGCUGAUUGUGGUGUUUGGAUCAAAUUCCGAUCAUCAAAAUCAGACAAAUUAGGUUGAUAAUUGAAAUAACUUGAAACAGAGCAGUAGAGAGGAGAGACCAAAUUUGAAACGUCCAUGGAAAUCGUUGUUCAAUGUGAAGAAAAUAAGAGGAAAAAAACGAGGACAAAGAAUUUGUAAGGUCGGGAGUUUCACUUUCAACGAUGGUGUUCUGUCAGUUUCAAAGAAGCCGUUGGAGGUAAAAUCCUCUGUCCUUCUCAUCUCUCGACUUUCUAAUACCAUCGUCAAGAAAUUCCUUAUUUGUCUAUUGAUGGCUCUGCCACUACAAGACUGAUGAACCAUUUCAGUACGCUCUUAUUGAACUUGUGAACUUCCGAGUGAAAUUACGAACGGAAAUUCGAGCGAUAUUUGCGUGUUACCCUACGCAAUGUACAUCAUGUUUUAUAAUAUAUGUAGCGAUGACUAGGCAAUUAAAUAAUCGUUUUAAUAUCCUCGAUUAUUAUUCAAUGUUUUCGUACUGAUCAGUCUGCGUUGUCAUAGACCAUAAAUUUGUCACCCUCCUCCGCAGCUACCUCCAGAUAUGAUUGAUUUUCAAUAUAAUAAAUAACCAUGUCUGAUUUAAUCAAGAUCUCGGAUUGUUCAUCUCUUACUGUACAAUCGAUUCGCAUGGUUAAGUCAAAUUCACCUCAGCUUCAUUUUGGUUGAUGAGCGAGUUUACCCUUCUGGAUUUCUUCUCCUUCUUUUGGCAGUUUUCUGAUUUCUGAUGUGGUUUUCUUCCUGUUUGCCUGUAAUUGGAGCUCUGAGUUUUCCCGGGGUUUCUGCUAAUUGAUCUGUUGCUUCGUUAGCGGGUACCCUGUCGGAUCGGGUUCUUCGAGCUCCAAAUCUUUUUGUGUUUUCUCAGUUGAAACUUAUCGGUGGGAUUUCGUGUUCAUUUCUACUCUGAGAUUGAAAACAAAUCAAUUGUGAAUUUAGUCUGCUGUUCUACGUAGGAACCGACAUCUAGUCGUGGUGCUUUCUCAUUACAUUUCUCUUUUACAGUCGCAGCGGUUUGGAAAUACCGUCGAGUUGUUGUGAAAGACGAUAUACAGAAGUUAAUAAGCUUUAAAAAGAAAGAUUCCAUAUUUUCAAAAAAUGGCGUCAGGACGCAAGGCUGUUGAGGAUACUGACGAUAGAGAUAGUAGUAUCUGGGUUUUGGAUCAGCAGUUGGACCAGCCAAUGGAGGAGGAGGCUAGGCGGAUAAGAAAUGCGUAUCAGGAAAAGGAACAUUCUGUACUUAAAAUUCUACAACUUGCAUUCCAAAGCCUUGGAAUAGUCUACGGAGAUUUGGGCACUUCCCCUUUAUAUGUCUUCUAUAACACGUUCCCCGAUGGAGUUGAAAAUACAGAGGACUUGAUAGGAGCUCUUUCAUUGAUUAUAUACUCUCUAACUCUCAUUCCCCUUAUCAAGUACGUGUUUAUUGUCUGCAAGGCAAAUGACGAUGGUCAAGGUGGGACAUUUGCUCUAUAUUCAUUACUAUGCCGUCAUGCUAAAAUAGGAACUAUCCCUAACCAUGACCACAGUGAUGAGAAGCUUACAACUUAUAGUUGUUCCAAGUACCGUGAACAAUCAUUUGCUGCAAAAACUAAGAGAUGGCUGGAAGGACAUCGUGUUAAGAAACACGCAAUUCUUGUUCUUGUUCUUGUUGGCUCUUGCAUGGUGAUUGGGGAUGGGAUUCUAACACCUGCUAUUUCAGUUCUUUCUGCUGUUGGGGGGAUCAAUGUUGGUCGUACAAAAAUAAGCAAUGAUAAAGUUGGUUGGCUUUUUGCCCCGGUAGUUUUUCUGUGGUUCAUCUUAAUAGGAGGCAUCGGCAUUUAUAACAUCUGUAAGUAUGAUAACGGUGUCCUUAGAGCCUUUUCUCCAGUAUAUAUAUAUCGGUACUUCAAAAGGGGAGGGAAAGUUGGAUGGAUAUCCCUUGGAGGGAUCAUGCUUAGUAUUACAGGAACUGAAGCACUUUUUGCAGACCUAUCCCAUUUUCCAGUUUCCUCCAUACAAAUUGCUUUUACAGUUGUUGUAUUUCCUUGCCUUCUUUUAGCCUACUCUGGACAAGCUGCCUAUCUCAUGAAAAACCCAAAUUAUGUUGCCGGUGCCUUCUACCAUUCAAUUCCAGAUAGUAUAUAUUGGCCAGUAUUUUUUGUUGCAACUACCGCUGCGAUCGUUGCUAGCCAAGCCACCAUAUCUGCAACCUUUUCAUUAAUCAAGCAAGCCCUUGCACUUGGUUGCUUUCCAAGAGUUAAAGUUGUUCAUACUUCUAAGACGUUCCGUAAUCAAAUAUAUAUUCCUGAUAUUAAUUGGAUCCUGAUGGUCCUUUGCAUUGCCGUGACAGCUGGGUUCAAAAAUCAAAGCCAAAUUGGAAAUGCUUCAGGGACAGCAGUGAUCAUAGUGAUGUUGGUAACCACAUGCCUCAUGACUUUAAUAAUGAUACUAGUGUGGCACUCCCACUGGGCUCUAGUCCUGCUCUUCACUUGGUUAUCACUGCUCGUGGAGGGUUUCUACCUCUCCUCAGUUAUCCAGAAGGUUUAUCAAGGUGGGUGGGUUCCAUUGGUUAUAGCAACAGCCUUUUUCAUCAUCAUGUACACUUGGCAUUAUGGUACAGCCAAACGUUAUGAGAUUGAGAUGCACACUAAGGUUUCAAUGGCAUGGAUUCUUAGCCUCGGCCCCAGUUUAGGACUUGUAAGGGUACCUGGGAUAGGACUCGUGUACACAGAACUAGCAAGUGGAGUCCCCCACAUCUUUUCACACUUCAUCACAAACUUACCCGCCAUUCAUUCUGUUGUGGUUUUUGUCUGUUUGAAGUGUUUGCCUGUCUGCACAAUCCCGGAAGAAGAGAGAUUUUUGGUAAAACGGAUUGGACCUAAGAACUUUCGCAUGUUUCGCUGUGUAGCUAGAUAUGGUUACAAAGACCUCCACAAGAAAGAUGAUGACUUUGAGAAGAAACUCUUUGAUAGCCUCUUCUUAUUUGUUCGACUCGAGUCUUUGAUGGAUGGCGGGUCUUCAGAUUCGGACGUGUCGAGCCUACUUGAUCCACAAAAUGAAACAGUUACAGAGUUCCCAUUGAACACCCUUAAUUCGACUUGCUCGUCUAUGGAAUUUACAAACCUUCGAACGGCAGACUCGAUUCAGCUUGCCAAUUCUCCAUUGAAUCAGAACCAAAUCAUGGUACCAUCCAAUCAAGCAAACCAUCAGACUGAGAUAGAUGAGUUAGAGUUCUUGGUUAGCUGUAAAAAUGUCGGCGUUGUACACAUUCUUGGAAAUACAGUAAUGACAGCUAGGAGGGACUCCAGCCUCUUCAAAAAGAUCGCCAUUGAUUAUGUAUAUGCAUUUCUUAGGAAGAUCUGCAGAGCGAACAGCGCGAUGUUCAAUAUUCCGCAUGAGAGUUUGCUUAAUGUUGGCCAAACAUUCUAUGUAUGACUGUUUAGCAUCUGUAAGAAAAAAAUUUCUGAGUUCCCUGUACGGUUAAAAUAAACAGAAAUAUUUUAUAUUUUCAAA